UCGGGUGCCAUUUUGAGUGUGUUUUGUUUGUGGGCUGAACCCGAGGGGGGGGGAAGUUCGCUUUCUCCUCCCACCUUUCAACAGGGCUGAGGCCGGCGUUUGUGGCGUUUCUUGCUGCACACCGCGCUUGCCCAAGCUGUGAUGAUGGAAGAAGAAGCUGAAGUUGCAGUGGAGAAGACUGAAUCUGCCCCUGAAAAUACAGAAGUCACUGAAACUAAGAAAAAGGGGCCAAGAGGCCAGGGAAGAGGCCGAGGAAGCAAAGGAAAUGUUAGAGGGAAAAUGCGAGGCAAUGCACUGAAUGGUUUUGGACCUAUAAGACGUGGAGUGGGGAGAAUGCGCCCAUACCCAGACAUCAGAGGUCGAAGAGGAGCACGAGGGGGACCACUUUUUCCACCAUCUCUACCCAUGAGAGGCAUGAUGAGAGUACCUUUUCUUCCUCCCCCACCACGAUACAGAUUUCCUCUUCCACCCCCACCACCUGGGCCAAUGGACUUCAGGGGCAGACCUCCUCCCCUUGGAGCCAGAGGAACGUUACCAUUUCCUCGAGGACACUUUCCACCUCCAAGAGGCUUUCCUAAUGGACCUGGUGUGCCAGUCCCUCCGCCACCUGGACGGGGCCAGAGAUGGCCUGGACCGCCAGGUGGCAGAUGCUAUUAAAGAGGCUUAUUCUUUACAUUCAGUAACAGGGAUACUUGCUUCUCUUAUCUUUAAGACCAUUUGAAAUGGCUGGACUAAGAACUGCCUGUAAAGAUAGCAAUGAAAACUAAUAGAACCCUGGCAUCCCGAAUUUUUCCAGCAGCCCUCAUGCACCAAGUUGGUAAAAGCCAUACACACACUUUUAAACAUACAGAAAAGAUCUGUGACUCCUUGGACAUAUUCAAGCAUAUCCUUUCAAAGACUGAGAUGGUGAAUACUUAGUAUGUAUACACUGAAGUUUAAAGAAAGCCUCUGAGGAGGUCAAGCUUUUCAUUUAAUAUUUAGAUCUUCUAUUUAAAUUGUGUGCAGUUUUUUUAAACAUCAGAGUCUGCUGUACAACUUGUGGACUUUUGUUUCAAAUGCAGUUACUUUUCUGGUUAUAGUAAAUGCAACAGGUGCUUCAUCUUUUGAGGGGCAGUUGCACUGUGUGACAUCUGGAAAUGUAACCAAUGCAUAAAAUGUAAUGGAUAACACAAAUCUGUGAUUGUUAACUUGAAAAGAGAGCAAUUUAUAAAUGAACAAAAACGUUGAGUGUCUUAUUAAUUUUUAGACAAUUGUUCUUCUUACACAGCUUGACCUCGUGUUUAAGCAUCUAGAUGUGUACAUUACUGUAAUAGAUAAAUGAAGUAUGUAGCUGAACAUUUGACCAAUUGUAUAAUUACAACUGGUGAUAAUCUGCAACACGGAUGAAGGGAUAUGUUAAAAUCUGCAGUGUACAUGUGGGUUUUAAUUAUAGCCAUUAUAAAUUUUAGCUUUCAUUUUGUUAUUGUUAACUAGAAAAAAAGUUUUUUUAAGAAGUAGAACAUGUAAUCUUGUGUUGCUUGUUGCUGUUGGAAUGACAGAUAAAAUUGUAAUGUUCUGAAACAGCACUGUUCAACAUCAAGGAUGAUCAGAGUCUGUAUAUUUAUUUUAACUCUUAAUACAUGUUGUGUUUUUCUGUGCUGAGGGCUGAAUUAAAACCUUUUUUUAGCAGUCUGGUGCAGUUGGGGCUUUUAAUUUAAGCAAUCCCUAUACUGGGUCCAAAGCCUGCAAGCAAAGUAAAAUAAAAUGAAGAAAAGCAAUAAAUCAAGGUAUGAACUGCUCAUAUAGUUAUUUAUGUCCCACUCUGACACUUGGCUUCCAAUUUAACAUCUGAACAAAAUGUAUUAUGUAUAGCCUAAGUAAAAACAAAACAAAAAUAAUGCAGUUUAUACAUCCUGGUUAUCAUUGCUCUUAAUUUCUCAAAAGUAGUAUUUAACAUUCCUGUCUUGGGAAACUAGAUUUUUUCAACGACAUAAUAGUUUUUGAUUCAGAACUAAUAGUUUGGUUAAACCCUUAUUAUAAAGCAAUGCUUUAUGUUCCUUUAUAGUGGCUUAAAAGGAUAGUGUUGACCACUAACUUUAAUAUAAUACUAAAAUGGUAAAUAGUUCACUCAUCUAAUGCUGCCCAAUGGUGAAAGAAUGAUGCUGUUGUUAUCUUCUGAAGGGUAACAUAGUCACCCUUUGAGGCCAAUGGGAGAUGGUAUGCAGACCUUUGGGAGAGCUUUCAUCAAGGCCUUUUUGAGGUGAGAGAGUAUUUAAAACAUUUUUUCCCAUUCACUAUCCUUAUGAAGUAAAAUGCACAUUUAUUUGAUAUGAGUUAGCAUU